AUGCACAGAAGACUAACAAAUAGACCCCGCUGGCUGACGCCGUCCUUAAAGAAGGAGGUUAACAAGAAGAGGAAGCUGUGGAAAAGAUCCCUGACUGACCGGACGCCAGAAUCCCUAAGCAGUUAUAAGUCUCAGAGAAAUCGGGCCAAAGUUCUCAUCGCUAGAGAUCGGAAAGCCUUUGAAAAGGAUCUUCUCAACCGUGCCAGGGUUAAUCCCAAAGUCCUCUACAGCUACAUAAGACAGAGCACGCGGAACAAAGACCCCAUCCCACUGCUGCGAACAGCCGAGGGAAUGGAAAUCUCCGAUGACAAGGAUAAGGCUGAACACCUCUCUCAGUUUUUCCGGUCCGUCGUGAUAAGUGAACCUGAUUUUCUCUCCCCCAUUUGUGAAGACGAAGAAAAGCCUACCCUUGAAGCCCUAUUCUUCACCGACGCAAUUGUUCGGAACGAGUUACUUAACCUGAAAGAAUCGACCUCCCCAGGACCUGAUGCAAUCCCCGCCAAGCUGCUGAAGGAGCUAGCUCCCGAAAUGUCCAAGCCAUUAGCCUUGAUCUUCCAAACAUCAUUUCUUACUGGAUGCCUGCCCUCUAACUGGAAGUCCGCUACCAUCACUCCGAUUUUGAAGAGCGGAAGUCGUGCGUCUGCGAAUAACUACAGGCCAGUGAGUCUAACCUCCAUCUGUUGCAAAAUCAUGGAGAAGAUCAUUAAGAAGGCCUUGAUGCAGUUCCUCGAGCAGCACCACCUCCUUUCUGAUGCACAACACGGCUUUCGAAGUGGUAGGUCCUGCCUCACGAAUCUGCUCUUUACGCUCGAACGCUGGACCAAAGCACGCGAUGAAGGUAGUGCGGUGCACGCCAUCUACAUCGAUUUCAAAAAGGCCUUCGACAGCGUUCCCCACCAACGUCUCUUGCACAAACUGCGCAACGCUGGAAUUCGUGGACGCCUUCUUGUAUGGAUCCAGAGCUUUUCGGCUGGACGGUCCCAAAGCGUGCAGGUCGGGCGUCAACAGUCCUCAGAGGUAAGCGUGGUGAGUGGCGUCCCACAGGGCUCAGUCCUAGGUCCCACGUUAUUCCUCGUUUUCAUAAAUGACUGCGUCAAGGACUUAGACUGUGAUACCAUCCUGUUUGCCGACGACAUUAAAUUGUGGAAAGUUAUUCACAAUGCGGCAGACGCAGACCACCUGUAAGCAAACCGGAACAGGCUCGAAGACUAGUCAAAGCGCUGGCUUAUGCCCUUCAAUAUAAGCAAGUGCAACUUUCUUCAACUAGGCAGCUUCAGCGCCUCCAGCCCCAGGACUUACUUUCUAGAGGGCACACCACAGCAACAGGUUGACAGUCAGAAGGACUUGGGUGUAUGGAUUACAUCUUCACUCAAACCAACACUUCACUGCGCGAAGGCGUCUAAAUCGGCUAUGGCUACACUGCAACUAAUUAAGCGAGCAUUUAUGGGAUUUGAUCCAGACAGCUUUUCAAAAAUAUUUGGCACCUACGUGAGGCCUCAUCUAGUAUACGCCAUACAGGCGUGGAGACCUUGGACUGCCAAGGACUAUACCGUUUUGGAGAAGGUCCAGAGACGGGCGACCAAAAUGACACAAGGUCUGGGAGCGCUGUCUUACGAAUCUCGACUGUCAACUCUCUACCUGUUUCCACUUUCCUAGAGGCAAUUACGUGGUGACCUUAUACUUGCAUCUCGCAUUAUCAACGGCCUAGACUGUUGUUUAGAUCCCACUGAUUAUUUCGCACGAGCUAACACGCCCAAUUUGCGCGGUCAUCCCCUAAAACUACGCGCCGGGAAAGCAAGGAUAAAUAGGAGAAAGUUCUUUUUCAGUCACAGAGUGGUUGCAGCGUGGAAUACCCUGCCCACCGAUGUUGCAACCUCCUCCUGUGUGAAGUCCUUUAAGUUUAGACUUGACGCGCAUCAAGCCUCCCAGUUACCAGCCUUACAUCCACUCACAUAACCGGCACCAACUUAAACUUGCUCAUACUACUUGUAACUUGUUAGUAACCGUUAUUGAUUUCUCUUUUUGACUAGCUGUCAGCGAUUAUGUACAAAACCCCUUUUUCCCCUUCCCACUAUCAAUGUUUUUCUCCGACGACUUGUAACCAAUAGGGAGUUCAAAGGCGCUCGCCUAUAUUUCCCUUAAUAAACUGAAACUGAAACUGAAACUGCAUUUUAAAGGAACUUGACACAACUUUGAAUGAGAUAUAGAACAAGCACUUGCACCUGCUGACGACUUUGUUCUUAUUUACUAGUUUGUAACUGUUGGGAUACUGCUAUCUUCGUUUCCUGAAUAGCCUACUCGUUAUGCCCACCUAAUGGGUCCAUCACUUACAGACUAAAACGCUAGAUUCAAAACGAGCGACCUUCAGCUAAACGAACAUACAAAAGAAACAUUAGAAAUAAAACUACGUUGCUGGAAUAUUAGUUUUCUUAAGAAGCCUGAAGACCAAGCUGCACAGUUCAAACUCAUAAGAUAUUCCUUGGCGCUUGUUAUAUACAAUUUCAGACAUUUGUAGAACUGUUUGCUAAUAGUCGACAAUGUUUGCUGUAUUUUUUAUCCCACUCGAAUUUCAAAGUCGUUCUACACAAUUUUUGUGGACAACGGUAAGCUGUAGGACAUCCAACGGACUUGAGCUAGUCUGUUAACCAUGUCAUACGUUUAAUGAUGGUAGAAGAGGUUUUGCUUGUGAGGCCGCACACAGGACGGAGAGCAAGAAGACACGGAAAAUAGGUAAUUUUCUGCCGAAAGUCUUAUCGCAUGUUGUCAUUUGGCAAUGAGAGUGAGUGCGAUAAUCAAAAAAUAAACAAAAAGCGACUUUUGAAAAAAUAACGGACUUUGAAUAAAGCGCAGCUUGUAAAUUUAAAUUUGGUCGGGAAGGGUAGGAAAUUUCGAACAAUGGGAACGGUGAAUAAUAAGUGAUGUUUACAGUCACACUGAAUUUUGGGGUAUAUUUUUGUAGUUGCCAUCUACUCGUGGGCACUGCACGCUACCGCAGGCGCACAAAAACCGAUGAAUUAAUUUUUCAGAACUGCUGACGUAACGGCUGAUUUUAUUGCCGAUUUUCGAUUUUAAGGGAGAGCUUGAUGGCGAAAGUCUCAUAUCCUAAUAACUUGAGUUAAACUAAUCUAAAUAUUCUCUUUGCUAGUGCGCCGUGCACCGGCUUUGCAUUUCCACAUGCCACGAUUAGCCUGCUUUGCUUCGCUGGUUGUUUGACUGGUAUGACUUAAAUCUUCGGGCUUAUGUAAGCAGCUAAUUCGGGAUGACGAUCACGGUAGCAUGUGAACGUUCUUCAACUGAUUGUCCACUUUAGGUUCAUGCCUUGGUUAGAGGUUACUAUACCCUUGUCGGCCGCUUUCACUUACUUGUGUUUUUGUUACUGUCGCGGCACCUGGGCUUCCUGAACAAAGUAUGAUUAGCGUGUGAAGUCGCAGGUUGUUCCUCUCUUAUAUUCUCCCCUGUUCUCCCCUUACGCCUUCCCGCGCGCCGCUUGCGGCAGAAGUGUCGGCUUGCGCCCUUUUUCGUGUAGACGGAGUACGGUUCACCUUAUAAUUCCCACCGACCGGCCCUCACAUGCUUUAUCGUUUUGAACGUAACUACUACGAUUUUUGUUGUUGUAAAGCUAUCAUGCUUAUCCAGUCAUAUCAUGCCGUUUUCCCUGGCCUUCGCUUUCGUCCCCAACUGCAACGCCAAAUAUCCGACUCAUCAUCUAACAAUUGUGAGGCUACUAUUGCGCGUAGGCACCCUUGUUGUCAUCGUGUAUUGGCUUCAUAUACAGUUCCCGUCCAGCGACGGCUUAGACCUGUUUUUGAGUUCGUACGCAAAUCCAGGUUCGGUCGGCCAAUAAAUUGUUGGGAAGGAGAGUUUCUUCGGUCCAACUUGCACUUCUAUGAUUUUUUUAGGUGUCUGUUUACCCCGGAAACUAUCUUUCAUUUCACGCGACUACCUUCUGCCGCCGUCACCGAACAAAACGUUCUUACAUUGCUUCGGUACUCGCUUAGGUUGGGCAAAAAUCAAUACACCGUUACAAGUGCAUAGACUAUUAAUAUCAAUAUCUAAAUAAGCUAAUUAAUUACGACUCGCAUGCCGUUAUACUUUUUUCGGGUUGGCCACAUGCCUGGAGCAAUUUUCGGCUUGCUGUCCCAACCGAUCACACACUUGUUACGGGGGUUGUGCGUAAGUGGCUGGCAGAGCAAAACGGCCAGUCAGCGAAUGCCGUACACGACCUGGCCUCCACAAAACACCAGGAUUUCAGAAAAAAUGUCGUGUAGCUGACAUCUUCCAUGCGUGCGGGUGCGUAGAGAUUAAGCUAAGAAAGAGCUAUUGACCUUUCCUUAAAGUGCACCAGUGGACCACUCUACACAAAAACACGUACAGGACCGACUGAGAGAUCCGAAUUGUACCAUCAGUCGAUAAACUCCCAAUCUACGACGCUGAGCGUGUCGUGGCGUAUUCAAGCGCUUUGGGUUUUUCAUGACGAUGAAUACACUGAGGUGUCGCGGGGGUGGAAUCCACGGAGUCACCCUAGUUUGCUUUUCCCUCUGCCACGUGCUAGUCGAAUGCCAGAGUCGGUCAAACAGCUGGUGAAGCGAGCGGGCAUAAUGACUCGCAGAGCUGAAACAAAACGUCUGCGCGUGCCACGCAAGCCGGCUCCAUACAAAACACCAGUUUUUCAUAAAAAAAUAUGGAAACUCGACCUUACAUCUUCAAGAGCACUACAGGCCACUUAGAGGAGGAUUCAAAGACAAGCUUUUCACAUACGUGGGAGCGGCUAAGUCCAUGCCCUUAACGAGUGAUGUUUGACGGGUUUGCAUGUGGUGUAUGUGCUGGCGGGAAGAUGUAUGGUGAUUGGAUUUGGUCUGUCAAGGUUAGACCCAGAUUUGCAUGGAAGCUUAUUUGGCCGAGUAGGCCCAUGCGGUGAUUUAACAUACGUGGGAUGUGAGGCGACUCCGACAGGUGCAUCUUGGUGUUUUGGCACUGUUUCAACAACCUCCGUGCAAUGGACUCGUCUAACCGAUAGGGGUAGAUAGGUGAUAUGCAUGUGCGAUGACGGUAUGAUCUGGAUUGAUUGGUGUGUUGUGUUAGUAGCGUUGGUGAUGCAGUUUACAAUGGCGACACUGGUAAAGGGGUAUUUGCAGUACUGGAGAUGGAAAAAGUUUCGUCCGUGCAGGGUGUGCCUAGAUCGCUGACGUUUCGGUGCUUUUUGUUGUUUUGGAUGCGCAUGUGUCCGAUAGGACACUUACGAUGACUGGGCGCGUGUGGGAAAUGCAGGCUGUUGAGGGGAUGUGGUGGAUGUACGUCAGGACUUCCAGAAUCGGCUUGUCGUUCUGAGUUAGAUACACUCGCAAGUGGCCGACCAGGUCAAUAGAGGAUGUGAUGGCUCUACAUCAAUCGGAACAGAUUCGGAGCAAGUCCACGUUGCUGCUGGCCGAGCGGUGGUGGCGACAAUGAGGGUGAUGAUUGGUGGGACGUCGGGAGUGUUCUUAUCGGCGGCGGAAGUAACAUAAGUGGUUGUGGUCGUCGCGGGGUUUUUGGUGGAGAUAGUAAAGAUUGCGGUCUGCGUCAGUCGCGGCUACGGCGACAGAAGGUUCUGAUUUUACUCACCGAUGAUGGUUUUGGCUGUCUCGGCCUUCGUGGCGGUUCUAGUACGAGUAACUGUGGAGGUGCUUUCGGUAACAGCAAAUGCUGAUGCAAUGACGUGGAGCCAGCAGACGUCCAGCGAAACCAAUUGUUAUGCGAAAUGGGCGGUGACAUAGUGGGCACGUUAAAAGUGAUGGAGCGUUAGGGUUGAGGAUCCGUGGGGUUAGCGAUCUGGUAUCACUCUUUCGGCUUCGGCGGUCGAAAUUAUAAUAAUAAAUUGUUUCGUUUAGCAUCCAUAAAGUACUUUCAAGGCAAAUAAAAAUUCAUUCUGGAGUGAGUUUGAUAACAAGCAGGCAAGCAGUGUACGGUAUCCAUUUCGUGCCUAUAAAACAGGCAUUCUAAUGUGGAAAAACGGUUAGCAAACACCCAAUGCGGUUGGCCGCGUAAAUUAUUGCUUCAGUCUUGAUAAUUCCACAAGCCAGUUGAUUUUUACUGGGAUAGUUUUAGAUGCCAAACUGAUCGACAAUUGCCUAAGGGGGGCCCCCUGGAGUGCAUAUUGUUUUUUUUCAGCCUGCUUAACUACUCCAUUUCCCAGGAUUCUUUUCCUUCAUUCCAGAUUUAGUAUUCAUCGGAUACAGUUCAGAUGGAAGUGUCUCAACUUUCUGGUUUGGUUGGCGUAUAUGGUCCAUGCGUCGGAUACUUAUAGAACAAAGCGAAAAUGUAAAGUUAAGAUCAGCUUUCCUUGAUAUCUUUCCACUAAACCAAACAGCCAAUGCCGAGGAAGGUGCAGAUUACGGAGGACUUAUUCGUUCGCAACUGGAAUACGUAAUCCAAGCGUAGCGUUUCACUAGGCUGUUUAAAGGCAUUGCCUAUUACCCCGAAAUAUACUGACCGAUACUGAACAAUUAACCAGUGAUGAUCUGGCUUGGCAGAUAAUGAUGGUCCUAUAUAGACUUGCUGUUUUAAAAAUUCUCAUUAGUUAUAUGCCUAAAAUUUUUGAAUAGUGACGUUUCACAUGAAGCAGACUCCUGACUCACGCCUUUCUGGCUAGCAUAAAUUGCUGACCUGAUCGAUCUUGAUCUGGAAUAGGAGCCUUACGCAGGAUGAUUUUCCAACGAACUGCACUGUGUAGCUGGAGCCAUAAUUCAGAACUAGGACUCAUAAGUAGGUAGACAAGGUCGCAAUGAUUGAUGAGGUCAGUAAAGCUAUUAAUAAAAACGAGGAUACACAAACUCUGAUUUAACUUACCAACAGCAUAUAUCCCUCUGGAAAGUAGUGGGGUAUUUUGUUAAACUUAUCCGCAAUGUCAUCCAUGCGAACAGGAAUUUCAGUCACUCGGAGGACACUGCGUCACACCCACAACUGUUGACGAUAUACUGUAUACGAAUUCUAAAAAACGAUGUAAAAGCCUCGGAAAAAAUAAACGAAAUCAGACUUUUGUAAACGAAACAAGCAAAUUAAACUUAUGUCAUGCUAUUUUAAUCUUUCAUUGCAGCCGUAUGAAGGCGGCUGUUUUGACUUUUGCAUAUGACGGUCCAAAAUAACGGUAAUAAAAUUAAGCGGCCAACCAUUCAGAGUUUCUCGUGAAAAAUGAUCAGGUUCUCUGAAAGCUUUAGCCAAUUUUUAAGAGGGAUAUUUUGCAGCCGACAUGUUGACAUGCGUUUACAGACAGGACGUUAUUAAAUGUUUCGGAAUUCGCCAAUUUAAUAUUAGUGUAAAAAACGACUAAAAUAAUGUGUUUCCCUCAUCUUUACUACGCUUUAACAAGUAAUAAAUCUUAAGGCGAAUGUGUCGACGGUUUUGUUGGGCGUCUUUAUGUGAAAGUUCACAACUAUAAAAUAUGAUACUUUGUUGUAAUAUGACAAAAUUUUAAAAACAUCUGAUUGGGGUUUUGUUAAUUACUUCAUUUCAAAAUAAGGCAGGGUGAAUUUGCUCGUACGAGAAUAGUUCCGUCUCCACACAUAAGCAUAGAACGUUGCGCAGGUUAUCUCACGCUUGUAACUGUAAAUUUGUUUCCAAUUGCAACUUUUACUUUUUGCAAUCACAUGUCAGGUUUGAGCGAAACAAAAAAGCAUUUUUAAUCCUUGUGGUGUCAUUUGCAGCUGCACUGGAAUGAGAUGAGCCAAAGCCGCACCCUUGACUGGGUAGAGAACACAGAGUCCGCAGACGUCGAUAAAAAACAGAAAAGCCUAAACACUCGUAUUCUUCACUUGGAUGACACUGUUCACACCGUCCAGCUUCCUGUACGUCGAUUGUACUGCUAGGCUUAAAAAUUGCGUACAUAUCGAAAUGAUUUACUUCACUGUCUUGUGAAUUCUCUUAGCUGAUUUUAAAUGCUUUUGAAGAAAUUUUAUGGCCAAAUGUUUUAGGCAAACACCCUAUGUGAAUAUUUUUGUGGUCGGCCGAUACGUGAUUUAUUUAUCGUAUAUCGCAGAAAUUCCAAAAUUUCAAGUUAAUGGUGAAAGUUAAUUAGGAUUUGAUGCCCACAUAUAAGUUAGUCAUAGGUCUGCUCUUAUGCUAUUAAUUUUACAUUUUUUAGUUGUUGAAGCAGGAAAAAUGCUUAUAUUUUUGAAAAAAUAUUGGCAGUUCCAAUAACAUUUGAGGGUAAAUGCUCGAGACCCCACAUUCUCAAUAUAACCUUUCAAUAGCUUUCUGAAUUUAAAACUGAAUUCGCAGUUUUUUGAUUCUUUAUUGAAUAAACGGAGAAUCGUUUCCUGAAGAAUAAGGACUCAUAGGGGCCGCAGUGUUAUGUGACACAUUUGAUGAGAUUCAUAAGUCGAUUGUAGCACAGCCAUCUUACUGAUAAUGUAGUUUAACUCUAUGAACCAGUAUGGCAUAGCCUUUUACAUACCUACUUAACUGAGCUAUGAUCAUGCGAAAGUGAUUUAAAACGUAGUUUCAAAAACAACACUGGAUACAGACGUUGACGGUAUUUUUUAAUAGAAAUCAGAGGGUCUGAAUAUUUUUCACUUUUGCACUCAUGACUAUACAUUAAAAUAGAAUUAUUUCAAAAAGUACUUUUUCUAGCAUAAAAGCGAAUUCGAUGUUAUGUAGACGUCCAUGUAGGCCGCAUCUAGUGUAGGGCUAAGAAAAAUAAUUUCUAACACGCUGCAGAAGUCCGAAGCCAAUUUGAGCAUUGGCAACCGCCAUAUUUCAACGCCAUAUUUCCUUUUAGCGACAAUGCCUUAUGACAUUAUUUUUUAUUUAUUGGCAACGGAUAAGUCCAGGUAGGAUAUUAAGCUUGGCUACCGUAUUUGUUUGGUUUUCUGUUAUUCAAGAGCAGACUACGUUAUUUUUGCCUAUUGGAAUAUUUCCUUAUAUUUCAAAAAGCCUUCGUCCUCAGUUAGAUUGCAGUUAUGUCUUUCGUAAUAAAAACAUCCACAUUGAUGAAAACUGCAGAGACGAAAUGCAUCCAAGUCAUCAAUUUUGCAUAAGUUCAAGUGGCUAAACGUGAAGUUAAUGUGCUCAGACAUCUUAUCACAUAGCUCUACCAGUUGUCACAAAACUAUGAGCAGGCACUUAGAUUUAAUUUAAGAGUGCCUAGAUUUCCAUCUUUGAGGUUAAUUUUUCCGAAACGUACGCACACAACUCCUAGGUUUAUUGCAUCAAAAAUCCUCAUAAACGCACUUUAAUUUACUCAGGCCAGUACGGACUUUUGAUAAAAAAAAUGUCGUUUGCUAGAUGCAAGAAGGGGUAAAAGAACUUCAUAACUAGUGUGAACUUUGCCUUACCAAUAUGCCGUUCCAAAACAUUGUAGAAUUCUUCGCCUUUUGUUUCUUUCGACCUACACAUAUUUUCCUACACAGUAUUUUGUAAAUGCAUCCUUUUCAAUUUGGACAUGAUGACUAGACUGACACCUGGAAAGCGUAACACAACGCUGCCCAUUUACUUUGAUGAAAGCAUUUUAUUCUUUUUGAAUAACACUAGGAAGAGAUUUGUCCGAAUUUAUCCGUUAAUUUGAAGAGAAGUGCACAUGACUGAUAUCAAGUAAUUGGAUAUGCACCGGUUUAAUUUUUCCAUGCAUAUGGACGUUCUUAAUUUUUAUCGUCAGGCUACGUGGGAGUUAUAAUGUGUUAAACACCUUCAUGCACAAUUCGGACGCAUCUGAUAACAAAUUUUCCUUUGUUAGCUUGCAGUUACUUAUUCAGUCAAAUGAAUUUACGGUGGUUAAUAACUUAAAAGAUUGUCGAUACUAGAAUUGAUGAUAUAAAUAGGUUUACUCUCAUCUUAUUAUAAAGGAAAGCAUAAUUACCCAUAUCUUACGAACGCCUGCAUGUAUUUCAUUCACGACUGACUCAUAACUUUUAAACACUAGGCGGAUUAUGACAUAGUCAGCGCUAAAUACCAUGUGAUUAUGGAACUUUACGUAAUCAUAUGUUCUUUGCCUAUAACACGCAGUCGCCUAAAAAGAUAUUAUUCGAACAAUUAGCUUCCGAAUACUUUACGAAAACAGCGUAAAACGUAUGUGUCAGCAUACUACUGCGAUGUGCCUAGAUACGCUGAUACCGUCGUUAUAAUGCUUAAGUUCGCCACCAUAUGGAUUGCGCAUAUUUGUAUUGUAAUGUUUGCCGCUUUAUUACAUUCGUUCAGACUGCACUAGGUGGAUUCAACAUAACUGGGCAUUAAUUUAUUAACUGAGAAACUUCAUGGGUACAGAUUAACUACCAUAACUUUUAUAAAGACACAUUUUUCCUUUGUAAAACUAGGAGGCCUUAAUGAGUAAAUCAGUGUUUCUCACUUAGUCUUCAAGGAGGAGAUUUGGGAUCUAGGGAACUUAGAAUAGAUAAAGCCAAUAUUUUAACCCCAGUCAAAGCAGUUUUAACCCUUUAUUGGAUAUAACAUGCGAAUGCACACCUAAUAUAACAUUUUGGGAGAAUUACUGCUUUUUGUCUUAAAUCGCGUUAUACUGAGUGGUUCGUUUUUUGAAAUUUAAGUGUCGUUACUUCAUUUGGAAUACUUUUAGCACAAUGCCAGUGGAGCAGACUUGUAUGUGCAGGUCAUCCGCCGGUUCAAUAUCUUGGAAUCCGACUAUUUUGAUCUUGAGUUUGUCAACGAAGAUGGAAUUCGGGUACGAAAUUUUAAACGCGUUUUUACUUCUUAAUGGCUACAAUCUGAUAUGGGUCUUUGUCUCCAACUCCAAGGAAAUUUUGAACUGAAGUGUACAAUAGUUUAUUUAAAAUCUCAGAAAUGGAUUUUGGUUGGAAAAAAAGUUCUUAAAAUUUUGCAGUAAGUUAAAAAGUACAAUGUGUCAAAUAACGCACUCAUGCAGUUUUUACUUUGACAUGAAGAUGAUGAACCAUCCUUCCCCAGUUGGAUAAAGAUGCCCAACAUCUUUUUCCGGAAUGCUAUGGUGUUCGCAUGAAAAAAACAUUUAUAAUCAGCACUGUUGGGCAAAUUUAGUAAUUUCACCCUCUUUUUUAUGACCUGCAGUCAUUUCUUCCAGGUUCUUAGAUGUUCCCCUGGGAUUUAUUGUCGCGUUCUGAGUCAAACGGCCUACUUAGACUUUGCUUUUAAUCAACGUUGUCACCAUCAUAUAAGCGAAGAUUUCGAUGCAUGCAAUUACCUCAUUUGCAGUAUUUUUUGGACAAAUUGAUAAAGCAUAAAGUUAUGUAUGUAAACCACCGUUUUGCUUGCCGUAAUGACCAGGAGUGAAAAAUAUAACAGAGAUAAAAGUCGUUUUUAUCCUUUUGACAGAGCCAACUACCGUGCUUUCUCUCUAAAUUAGUGAAAAAUCAAAGGAAUAUUGCCUUGCCUCCAUAGAAUGUAUGUCGUUGGGCAUUUAAUUGAUGUAGUUAUUUACCAAUGACCUACUCGCCUUAGAAUGAAGGACAUAACUGCGAACAUUCGACAAAAACAUCAUACUAACACGCGUAUUAAUUAAAGGCAAUGUGAAAGCGGAUCCCGACUGGCACACUAUCUGCCAUUUGCGGAAAGUGUUCCCUAACGACUAGCCUUGUGUAAAGGCUUCCAAAAUGAUUCGGGUAUAUGUCUCUCGUCCUCCUGAAGGAGUUAGUCAACUCAAAUCACCCCAAAUUUGAUAACUAAAUUCAGUGGCUUAGUAUCAUUAUGCAAAUAGAUAAUUCAAGUUAAGGCAACGG